AUAUCGUUCUUUGCUGCGCUUGCGCAUAUGUGGAAAGAAACGAAAGCGGUUUGUCAGGUGACAAGCCAGCCAAGCUCGGGUAAUUGAACAGUAAACGCCAAAAUGAUAGGUUAGGUAGCUAUGUUGCUUGUAUCAAAAGUAUUGUCAUCGAAAGGUGCUGCAGAACAUACAACUUGCUCUACACUUUGUGACUACUGAAAGGGCCUUGAAUGCAUUAUGCUUGAAACCGUGACUGCCGUGGUGAGGUUUUCGCAAUACAAUGACAGCGUAUUGCCUAGCUCUGUGGAGACCUCAUCGUCGACCCCAACCUGGCAACCAGAGAGUGAGACCAACAUUUCCAAACCUCACCAAUGUCUGCAGGUCCUGUUUGAGGACAUAGGCAAGUCACGCGUGCGAUUUUGGGACCUCACACUACUCAUUCCCAAUGUACUGUUCUUCAUAUUCCUGAUCUGGAAGCUGCCCUCAGCCAGGGCGAAAAUCAGACUAACCUCCAGCCCCAUUUUCAUAACCUUCUACAUACUGGUGUUUGUGGUUGCAGCGGUGGGCAUCACCCGUGCCAUAGUGUCCAUGACUGUCAGUGCCUCCAGUGCUGCCACCAUUAUUGACAAGGUGCUUUGGGAGAUCACCCGCUUCUUUCUGCUGGCCAUUGAGCUCAGUGUGAUUAUCCUGGGACUAGCUUUCGGCCACCUGGAGAGCAAAUCCAGUAUAAAGCGUGUCCUGGCUAUCACUACUGUGCUGGCACUGGGCUAUUCCAUCACUCAGGGCACCCUGGAGAUCCUGUAUCCUGAUGUGCACCUGUCUGCAGAGGACUUCAACAUCUACGGCCAUGGGGGACGUCACUUCUGGUUGGCCAGCUCCUGCUUUUUUUUCCUGGUUUACUCCUUUAUUGUCAUCCUUCCCAAAACACCAGUGAGGGACCGAAUAUCCUUGCCUUCUAAGAAGAGUUUCUAUGUGUAUGCUGCGGUCCUGUCCCUGCUUAACCUGGUCCAGGGGCUGGGCAGUGCCCUGCUGUGUGCUGGCAUCAUCGAGGGCCUCUGCUGUGUGGACGUCACCACGUUCCUCUACUUCUCUGUGUUCGCCCCGCUCAUCUACAUCACCUUCCUCAAAGGCUUCUUUGGCUCAGAGCCCAAGAUCCUGUUUUCCUACAAGUCUCAGUUGGACGAGCCGGACGACCAGACCGAUGUGCACCUGCCUCCCACCUCGUCCUCAGGCCGCAAGGAGCAGCUGGAGCAAGGCUCUUAUUACUCCAGCACCCAGAUCGACGGCCUGGCUGACUCCAUGGGCAACGGCAUGGCUGCCUACCUGGAUGACGUGGCUUCUGGGCCUUAUGGGGCGAGCAGCAUCAACAGUAUCAGCAGUGACCGCUGGCGGGCCAUUAACGCCUGAGGAGAGCGUGUGGGUCGCUGACGUGUGUUCUCAUCCCAAACCUGUGGGUCAGGUUGCAUAGGGCACUGAAACUGUUGGGAGUUUAUGGAUCUGAAGUUAAUUGUGAAUUGAUAUACUUUUUUUUUUUUUUUUUAAAGCUCCUUUCUGUCCUCCAUUUUGGCUCUUGCUGCCUUUUCCAUGCUGGCUCAAACAUGAUCUUUUUCCACAAAUACCUAUAAGGGACAUUUACACAGCUUCUGUCCAGUCCAGGGUUUUACGGUAAAUGUGGACAGCAAAGAAAAGGUCAAUCCAUGUUAACUGUAAAAGCUAUUUCUGAUACAUUCCCAUUGAAAGGCGACAUCACAGUGAGGUAAAGUUCAUUAACUUUGGCCUUGUGGUUAAUUUCUCUACUUGGUCAUCUGCUCAUGAAAUCACUGUGCCAAGCUUCCUAUAGGUCAGACCUGUCCCUUUUCCUUCUUGGGACCUACUACACUUAAUGGAUCAAGAUGGCUUCAUUAUCUUGUUUAAAGUGUGUUCUUUUUGCCUACUUUGCAUUUGAAAGGGUCCGGUGUAAUGUCAUGUUCCCUGGUUGAAUGACUUUCAGAACUCCGGCGACGGCGUUGGCAUGCAGGUUCGAAGACUAUUACCGGUGCAAUUCAUAUCCAUGUAACUUGCUGCUGGGGCAGGAAGUGACCCAGAAGGGGCACCUAGUAGCAUGCGCGUCGUCACUACCUAUUUGUUAUCUUCUGCCGUACUUGUAUUCAUUUUUGUGGCUGCUUGGUUUUGUCAUCAGGUUCUGUCCUCGGCUGAUCAUUCGUGUUAUUAACAGUGCUUAUAACGUACCUAACCUUCCAAUCACCAACCGAAAUUGAAAUUGAAAAGGCAAGACCAGCAGUUACUGUAUUCUAUCUGCCUUUUUAUUUUGAAGAAAUAUCCAUGUCCAAUAUGGGUUAUUUCAACGACUAGAAUGUUGAAUAAAAUCAAUAUAGGGAUUCCAAAAUGGAAGGAAACCCCAGGCAGGGUCUUCAUAAUACAAUGACCAUCACAAGCUCCCAGAAUAGCUUCAAUGCACCAUGACAUAGUUUGAGCACGUGUCUGGAGCUCUGCUGGAAUGAACACGAUGCUGUUGUUUCUCGAGAAAUUUUGUAAUGUGAUGUUUUGUUGAUGGUGCUGGAAAGCGCCAUCUUUGGGCCCCGCUCUGUAAUCUUCCGUAGGCGUUUAGGUGCCCCGUUGUGAAACAUCAGCAUGUUGAGCAGGCUUCGUCACGGUAACCAACCUGAAGGUGCCCCACCAGUUAGCUCCUGUGAAAAGUAAUGUGGAUGUUCUCCUAGCUAUGCUAUAAUAGUCAAUGUAAUGGAGCAAUAUAAUGGCCAACUGGACCUGCUCUGCAUUAUGCGUGGCCCAAAGCAUGAUGGGAGGUUCAUUCCAUACCUGUGUGAAAGCACCUGGAUUGAAUGUAUAUGAGUGUUUCUUUUAUUUUUGGCAAUUUACUGGUAUAUUUCCAAACUAUUCUUUAUAUUCCAGCCCUGAUUUUGUUACAAAAAACAGCAUAUUUUUAACCCCGACCAACUGGUUGCUGGUUAUGCUUUAAGUGAACAAUAGGCAAAAUAGCAUUGACUGCUACCAGUUUGCAGUAACACUACUUUUAUCUGCUUCAAGGUUCGUUGAUCUUGCCGUGUUGCUUGCUCUGAAACCAGUUCCAUUGGUGUCAGAAAAAAAAUUUCAUUCCAGGUUUUGUGAUUUUUCAAACUUGUUGCUGACAUUCAUUACCAAAUUCCCCAAAACCAUAGCCCCCUGAAAUGGUUAAUACUAUAUUUGGUAUGGUAAAACAUUGUAUUGUAAGUGAGCUGAGUUCUUUGUGUGACAAAUAGCAUUCAGUAUGUAAUAUAGAGACAUUUAUAUUUUCAUAAAUGUUUGCCACUGCAAAGCAAGUGUUUAUUGCCAUAGUAGUAUUUUAUACUGAUGAUCUGCCUUGCUCUGUAACACAAGUUGUAACCCUGUACUUAGCUCUGGAGCACUAGCUUAUAUGUCUACAUAUUUUGGUAGGGGUGCAAGAAAUUAUUCAUGAUUAUGAUAAAUUGAGUAUAAUAUUUAUACAAUGUUUGGCUGUGGAUUCUGAAUGCAAGUGUGGUUGGUCUGCACCUGAUUGAAUAUAAUAUUUAUAAUGGUAGAAAUACUUUUGAAAAAGAAGGAUAAUCAAUGCCAGCAGUCUGUGAAUCAUUUAUUUUUAUUUAAUGAUGUUAUAGAAUAUUCAAUCCAUGUGUUCAUGAUCAUUGAGCUCUACAAGGACAGUGUUGAUGAUUUAAACAUUCCAUGAGAUAAAACAUUCUUCCUUUUCA